AUGGCAACAACACGUACCGAGAAUGAAUGGACCAAUGCGAGUCCAACGGAGAGAUCGCCCGGUAUACAAAUCAUCGACCACAUCGUGUCGACACUGCCACGUCCCGUCUCCACGACGGACCAUCCAUCGUUUGUCGAAUAUAUUAAACAAUUGUAUCACGGUUUUGUCACGGCGAUCACCAAAUCCAAGGAUUUGGGUGCUCACGACGCCGUUCGAACCAUCCUUCAAGCCGAAGAAUACAAGCACUAUAUUGACGACUGCGUUCGAUGGAGCCUACUUUUGUUUGCCUGCAAACAAAACCAAUCUCAACGCGGAGAUAUUCUCAACGACGAGGGCAGAACUGAGUUGGGCAAGCUCUUGAUCCAGAUAAACCCCGUGUUGGCAUUCCAAAGAUCCGGGCACAGCCCGAUAACGGGGGAGUUUAUCGAUGGUGGUAAAGGGAUGAUGGAUAAAUUCAACUCGGCAGGCACCCAGCACCAAGAGGUCCCGUUGACAGAAUUUGAAUGGAAAUGCUCAAGCAAAGCACAUCUACAUCACAAACAAGCUUUGCCCAGGGCCAAGGAUUUGUCACCUUUCGAACACGCUGUGAGAAGCGGCAUGCUGCCCCUUGUCGAUAUUCUCUUCAACCAACUACAAAAUUCCGCUAUGAGGCAGCACGUGGACCGAGGGUUUGAAGAAGAGAUUUGUGAUGCACUGGAGCUCGCCAUGAUGAAGUUCGACUGCGACUCUGAGAACAUGCAGAUAUACAUGAGCAUCAUUGAACGAAUAUUGAACUUCAACCAGCGAAUUGAACAGAGUGAAAGGUUUUACAAACUUGCCGUGACGAAAAAAUUAUGGGCAGUAGCAGAGAAAAUUCUGCGUUUAGCACCACGAGAUGCGACAUCGUUAACUUGGAUCAUAAACAUUCUGAGGUUUGACACUGCCACGGUGGCGAACGCGACGCUCGACAUGUACGGAAUCGGCGACUGCUUCAGCCUCAAGGUUGCAACAUGGAUCAUGGAAAAUAACCGGGAAGACGUAUGGACGUGGAGUAGAAGCCAAAAAGCAGCGAGUAAUCUGAUAAGAUCGUCGCGGGAAGUGGCCAGGACACUGUUGACAACGGCGGUUGCGUUUGAUAGAACAUGGGGAGCAGGCAGAAUCUUGGAACUUUCCCCAGGCGCAUUUGAUCGAGACGUUGUAUCAAACCUCAUCCGCCUCGGCCGUUGGGACAUGUGGGAAACAGAUUCGGUCCAAACGGCCUGGGAAUCACUCAAGCGUAUCGACCCGGGCCUCGAUUUUCUCACAGAAGCUGUCAGGUGGCAGCAAUACAAAUUUGUGGAGAGCUUCGUGAAUGAGGACCCAAUGUCGGCCAUCAAAGGGACGGAUCUCGAGCCCUCUCUAUCAAAUAUGCCUGAGGACCGAAGCGUCGUUCCGCUGUGGCACAACAACUUUGUCGAGUCCGGCAAAGAGUGGAAGCGUAGGGAAACUCCCUGCAAGGAUAUAAGGAGGAAGCUUGUUAAUGCAUGCAUCAAAGUCGUUGACAACAUGCAGGCACUCCGGCAGAUAUUGGAGAGAUCAAAUGAUGGGGAGCUUUGCUUUGAAACCUCCAUGGUCACAACCAGAAGCCACACAUUCAGCGGGUUCGUCCAGAGCUUGACAAAACAAAAUGCUACCCAUCUCGAAGGGCUGAACUAUGAACAGACACUCCGGUAUGCCAGAUUUCCAGACCUUGGCUUGGAGAGCCAGAAGGGUGAAGAUCCCGAUGUCGACCUACUCCAAGAGAAUGACGAAGUGUUUCAAAUUCUCGACUGGCUUCGCGAUACGCACAUGGUGCAGGAAAUUAUUCAAAUUCAGGUCUUGGAUCGGAUGUACAAGCCACAUGACGAAGCACGCAUUGGCGGUUAUUUAGACAAGUUCCACGUGGCCAUUCUUGACUGGAAGUGCUUGGACUUCGCCCUCAGCGUUGAUGUUAUCACACCCAAUACGAGAAAGAAUCUCAGAGAGCUAUACCUCUACUGGAGCGGAAAGCGAGCGGUCAUGAGCCACUGGCUGAGUGUAGGGGGGAUUACUACUCUGGAAAAGGACACAUUGAACGCUCGCAAAAAGCGGGAGCUGCUGAAUCUUGCCAAGUGUGGAUUAAAAGUACUCGUCAAGGAGAAGCCGAGACUGAUGACUUACGUGCAUGACCGAAAAUGGAUUACGAAGGCAGGUGUCACGAAAAAGCAUCGUCCCCAUUUAGCGGAGGUGGCGAUUCCAAAACUGUGGCCGUUCAUCAAGGGGUACAGAUCGUACGUGCCGUCACCAGGGAGCCCCUGGAGGCCAACCAAGAUUGCCGUCUUGGACAGUGGCAUCAUGAGCGUGACGGAAUCGAAGCCGAAGAAUGAAGAGGAUGGGCUCGGAGGACGCGUUAUGGAGGAUAUAUUGAGUAGAAUUCAGAAAGGCAGGUCGUUUGUCAAUGAGGAUCUCCACAUGGGGUCAUGGCACUUUGCGUCAGAUGCUCAUGGCACACAGAUGGCCAACCUCAUUGGUGCCGUCGACCCCGGUUGCCAGUUCUUCGUGGCACAGGUCACGGAGAUCAGGAACGGUGUUGAGCCGAGCCGUGUCGUCGAGGGAAUCCUGUGGGCCAUCGAGCAAGAGGUGGACAUCAUCUCGAUGAGCUUUACAAUACCCGAGAUGAACACUCAACUACAAAACGCAAUCGACGAAGCCUACAGGCUCGGAAUCGUCAUGCUAUGCAGCACUCAUGAUGAGGGCUACAACCAGAGAGCCGCCUAUCCAGCCGACUGUAAGGAAACGAUCGCAAUCGCCGCGGCAGACGAGUACGGCUCGGUGACGAACCGCACCUCGUCCAGCUACGACUUCCGCCUCCAGGCCACCAAUAUCCCUGCGGGUGACAUACAGUACGUGGAAGCGGAGAAGACGGUCUCCGGGAGCUCCGCGGCCACCGCAAUCGCGGCCGGCCUUGCCUGCUUGAUACUGUCAUGUUACCGCAGUGAGCAGCAAGACUUGCCGGGGGGUACCAGAUGGAAGUCGCAUCUUGUUAUGAAGAUUUUCAGCUCCAUGACGGAUGAUGUCGAAAGGAAGUAUAUUAAACUUGAAAAGUUUUGCGGUCUUCGAGAGCGGCAGCGGAAUGGCGAGCCGGUCAUCGUGGGGGACAUGGUGCAUGACAUAUUUGGGAGAGAAGUCUACCUGUGA